UUGCCAUCACACCUCCUUUUAGUGUAAUCUUAAUGUACACACUUCCUCUACAAAUCCAAACACAAUGAACACAAAUGAACAAUGAAACAACACAGUGAAACUCUAAGGAAAGGUGGAUUUAUUGUAAAAAUGCACAACUAAAAAGUUCUUCACACAUCUGGGUGUACCCAAGGGAGGUACACCUCACUGUGUGGGAAACCCUGCUCUAGCAGAAUCUUUCAAAAUUAUCUUAUUACACCUUGCAACAGUAAAACAGCAUUCAUAUUUUGUGAUUGAAGUUUCUGGGCUUCACGAGAUCAACGCUGAGAUACUAAUCAGAUUUUGUUGUGGAAGAAAACCCAGGGAACUCCCAGUUUCAGAGAACCAACAGUAAAACGCUUAGCUCUUAAAAAUAGCAUCACGUGCUCAAUAGAUCUUGGAUCUCAACAAAAUAACAUUUCGAGAACAGCUCCCCCCCCCGGUGAACAUUUUCCAAGCAAGCGUCCUUUCCUGACGUUAUAGUAACUCCUUGCUCUGCCUCCUCUACCAGCACCAGUCGGUAUUCGGGCCUAUCUUGAUACCAACCACGCGCACGCUGAAGGGAGAAAGGGCGACGUUUGCUGGGCUAAACAAACGUUUUUACUUUCUAUUCCUACCCGCAAUGCAUCCCGGGCUUUAUGCAAAUGAAGCGCCGCGCUCCGCCGCGCUCCGCCGCGCCGUCCCCAAGAUGCUCGCACGGCGGGGCGGUUUUCGCCGCGAUUUCUUUAGGUUCGCUGCAGUCGCUGUGAGGACUUAUAUUUGCUAGGAAACAGCAACAACCACGUCGACGCCUUUUGCUUGCCUUUUUGACCCACGCCCUCGGGUCAAUCUGAGACUGAACGUCACUGUCUUCAGUAGAGCUUGCAAGUACAAAGGUGUUCGCGGGUGUUCCUGCACGACGAUAGGAAUACACUUAAUUGAAGGCACCGGGAUUUGCAUCCAACUGAAACACGUCGCGUUACCAUUACUACAGAAUCUCCAGAAGGCAUCAUCUCUCCUCCCCCCGUCAAUCCAGACCGUCAACCAUGUUCCCUCUUUCAAGAUGGUUGCCCCGCCAACAUCCUUUCUACUGCUGGGGAUCCCGCCCUCAGGCUCACUUGACGCGGCUGACGAGAGAAAGAGAAAUGUCGCCGGGCUGGUAACAUAAUCCAUGGGUAAAGUUGGGAAAAUGUGGAACAGCUUCAAGUACAGAUGCCAAAGUCUCUUUAAUCCUGAAGGUGGAAAUAGAAAUGAAAAUGUAGACAUAAAUUCCAAUAGUGCAUCUGUUAGAGAUAAAAGUGUUUGUGUGCCUGGUCCAACUCAGCAGCAACCUAGCAGCCCUUUGCAACUGAAUCUAAGUACUUCAAAAAGCUUUUCAAGGAAGAAUCAAAAUUGUGCCACAGAAAUCCCUCAGAUUGUGGAAAUAAGCAUUGAGAAAGAGCUUGACUUGAAUGUUGCCUCAGGAGCUAAAUUUGCACGAAGGGAUUCCUACUCACGGCAUGCCCCAUGGGGUGGGAAAAAGAAGCAUUCCUGCUCUACAAAAACCCAGAGCUCUUUGGAAAGUGAUAAAAGGUUUGGCUGUUCUCACUUGCAAAGGAGGGAAAGAAGAUACGGUGUGAGCUCAGUUAACGAUACUGAUAGCAUCUCAAGCAGAACCAUAGGAAGUCGUUCUCUGAGGCAAAGACUGCAGGAUACAGUAGGCUUAUGUUUCCCUAUGAGAACAUACUGCAAACAAUCUAAACCUCUCUUUUCCAACAAAAGGAAGAUCCAUCUUUCUGAACUAAUGUUAGAAAAAUGUCCUUUUCCUGCUGGGUCAGAUCUGGCCCAAAAGUGGCAUUUAAUUAAGCAGCACACAGCUCCCGUGAGCCCACACUCUGCUAUUUUUGAUGCAUUUGACUCCUCCUUGGCUUCUACAGAAGAUGAGGAAGACAGACUGAGAGAGAGACGAAGGCUCAGUAUAGAAGAAGGGGUGGAUCCUCCUCCCAAUGCCCAGAUACAUACUUUUGAAGCUACUGCACAAGUUAAUCCAUUAUAUAAACUAGGGCCAAAGCUGCCCCCUGGCAUGUCUGAACUGAUGGGAGACUGCAAUUCAACAACACAAGGAAGUUGUGAUUUGGAGGAAGACACAACUACUCUCUGUUUGCAGUCACGUAGACAAAAGCAGCGCCAAAUAUCUGGAGAGAGCCAUAGCCACAUCACCAGACAAGGUGCUUGGAAAGUACAUACUCAGAUUGAUUAUAUUCACUGCCUAGUUCCAGACUUACUUCAAAUUACCAGUAAUCCAUGCUACUGGGGCGUGAUGGACCGUUACGAAGCAGAAGCACUUCUAGAAGGAAAACCUGAAGGCACUUUUUUGCUCAGGGACUCUGCUCAAGAAGACUACCUCUUCUCCGUGAGCUUCCGUCGCUAUAAUCGGUCUUUACAUGCACGCAUUGAGCAGUGGAAUCACAACUUCAGUUUUGAUGCUCACGAUCCUUGUGUGUUCCACUCCUCCACUGUAACAGGGCUUCUGGAACACUACAAGGAUCCUAUUUCUUGCAUGUUUUUUGAACCGCUACUUACAGUUUCCCUAAAUAGGACUUUUCCUUUCAGCUUGCAGUAUAUCUGCCGGGCAGUAAUUUGCAGGUACACUUCAUAUGAUGGGAUUGAUUGUCUUCCUUUGCCAACAAUGUUGCAGGACUUUCUGAAGGAAUAUCAUUAUAAGCAAAAAGUUAGAGUGCGAUGGCUGGAGCGGGAACCAAUUAAGGCAAAGUGAACAGAGUUCAGAAUCCCUAAUAAGCUCACAUUGUGCUUUUUUGUGUAUGUGUUACAGUAUACUACAGUAAGCACAUCAGUGUUUAGAUUUUAUUGUAUUUUGAGCUUAUUGUGUUUACGAGUCAGAUGCAGCCUGCAGUUAAUCAAACUUAGUUGUGAAUACCUCUUGAAACAAUAAACAGGACACAAAAUUGCAUUUUUCAUGCAGAUUUUUAGGUUAUAAUUUGCCGGUUACAAAAUAUGUCUACUUUCUACUACAAUACUUGUAGUAUUGAUGUAAGACAGCUAUUGGGCAUUAACUUUUAAAUUCUGUUCAGUUUCAUAAUUCAGUAGCUUGUUAGUUUUUUUCUUCUUGAUUAAUAUGAGCACUUGGAUACCAAAAAUUAAUUCAGUAGAGCUGCAUUCUCAGCAAAGUGCCACUUUUCAGUUCAUUUUCUCCUAUGCCACUUUGGAUGUCAAAUCUGUUUUAAGAGGAAGAAUAAUGGGAAGUCACUGCCACAUCUCAUUUCUACAUCUUUAAAUCCUGUGUAUUAAGAAGUUCUAUACCAGUAUUUGGUUUUAGGGUUGUCUCCAAAUUAAAUAUUUAAUGAAUAAAUCAUGUGGCUAGAAUCAGUUCAAUCCGCUAAAAAUGCAUAUAAGUAGAGUAAUAGUUCUAAAAGAAGGAAAAAGUACUUCCUGGUAUAUUGGCAAUAGAUGAGAAUUACAAUCUAGCAAGUCUGAUGGAUGCCAGGCUGGAUGUGGUUGCCCUGUCAUUACAGCGAAGAGGCAUUGCCUCUUCAGAUACGGCGUGUGCCAUACCGUAUUGUUUUCAUUAAUCAGGGCCGUCUUCACUCUGCUUUAAUCAUUUAAUAGAUGCAAAACAUUUCAUCCAUGGUCCUAAAGGCAUGUUUUUAAAAUUAAUAUUUUAGUAUUUAAAAAAAUAGCUUCUAAUUAAGCAACCACUGCAGUAUAGUGAUUAAACUGAAUCUUGCUCUAGGAUUAACAGUUGGAAUUUGUAUUAACUCCCAAGUUCUUAGUCUGAUCUGCAAGUUCUGUUCAAGAGGUUUGUGGAACGUUAGUGCAACAGUCAAGAGUAUCUGUACUAGAUCUUGCAUUUGAUUUAUUUUUUCUGAUUCUGUGUGAUCAAGGCCAUUUUGAUCUGGGCUGGAUUAUGAAACAGGCUAACACAGCCUUGGUCCAGGUUUCCUGCUUUUCAAAAUACAGUACUGUUACAGGCUACUAUAUUUCCUUAUAACAUUUAGUAAUUAAAGGGACUCUUAACAGCCUAACCCUAUGCCCAUUAUUUGUUAAAGGCAUUGUUUCUGGGGAUGCUAGUAAUAAAGAAAAAAGUUUAUUCAAAUAUGGGAUAUGUGCUUCAAUUUGUAGGAAAUUAAUUGGGAUCUUAGUGGACCAUUUAAUUUAUUUCCAUAUGUGUGGCCUGUCAAAUAUAAAUUAAAAAGCUUACCACUCUGAUUUUUUACUUCUUCAAAACAGUAUUUUUACAUAUCUGCAAUGCCAUCGAGCUUAGUUAUAACUUAAACUGAUCCAGAACAAUUAAUAUUCUUUCCCACUUCUGUUUUCCUCUGAUUCCUAUUUGAUGCAUCAGAGCAGUUGUAUUUGUAAAUCGUAUAGCACCUUUUUUUAUAAUUUGCAUAUUGUGUUCCUCCUUAAGUGAAAUACUUUUGAAAACUUGCUCUUUUGCUUUCUUUUUUUCUUUGGGGACAGAACAUAACUUGUUUUGUUCUAGCUGUGUUUGCACUAAAAUUUGUGUUGGAAUACAGAGUCCCUUAGUUUUUGCUUAUGUGUCUUGUAUCAGUGAGUAGUUUUCUUAGUUUCUUAACCAGUUGCUACAGUAUAUUCUUCUCCAUGGCAGCGAAUGUGAGGUGAGAAACUUCAAAGCUGCAUAUACAAGAAAAGUUAUAUUGUAUGCCAACAGUAACCAGUUUAUCCACGUGUGUGUUUUUCUUCUGCUUGGUGUGCCUUGUUACAGCUUUGUGUGUGUGUGUGUGUGUGUGUGUGUGUGCAAAUAAAGUACAAUAUUUUCAAUUUUAUUCUUGUAUAAUUACUCUUUUAUAUUUGCAUAACUCUUCUUGGAGCUGUUAACAUUUUUAGGACCUUGGAAACACAGGUUCAAAUCUACUUGCAGCUAUAUAAAUUCAUUGAAUGACUUUAUGAAUCACAGCCUAAGUUAUUCCAUAGGAUGGUUGUGGUGAGACAGGAGUGCUACAUACUACCACCUUGGGUUUUUAGAGGAGAGACAGGAUACAGACCUAACAGUUAAAUAAUAUGCAGCUGAAUGGUUGCUGGUCAGGCCACCAAAACCCAGCAUAAAUGUGAUUUUCCAGAACUCCAAAAUACAAUCACUUCCAAGUAUUCUUGUUAUGCAGAUACUAGCUUUUCAAGAUUCAGUCAUCAGAGGUAAAGAACAUGAUACUCCCCUACUGAAUAGAUACAUAUAAUAUCGUAAUUGGAUUAUUCUAUUCUAUUCUAUUCUAUUCUAUUCUAUUCUAUUAAGGCAUGCAGUUACAUUUUAGUAAUACUUCAUUUUGUGGAACAAAUGGAUGCAUUCCUUUAACUCUCCAUUACUGACUGUUAAUUGAUCCUAAAGCAUUUAGUACCUUUCCAGUUGUAAAUCCAACUUCUUGCUGCAGGCAAGAAUUUGGAUUUGGUUUUCCCAAACCCGUUGAGAUACUAGUUGCUGCAGAGAUACAGGAUUUCUUUCCUUGAGAUAAUGUCAUUAAGUUGAUCUGUCACACUAUGAAUAUAGAGAGUGGGUUAUUUUUUAUAACAUAUUGUUUCUCAUUUCAUUUUAAAAAGAUAUACAGUACUGGCUCCAUUUUUAGCAACUGGGAAUUGCAUGUUCUUUCAGAAAAUUAAUAUCUAUUGUGUAUUGUAUCAGAAAAAGAAAUGUUCAGUUGUGUUAAACUGGAAUGCUGUGUAAACUCUGAAGUUCUAAAUUUUAAAACCAGUUUGUAUUUUUAUUUCUUACUAUAAAAACAAAAUUGUGUUCCAACCAAAUCUCAGGUUUUAUACAGAGUAAUUUCUACUGUGAAUUUUUGACAGUAAUAUCACUGUGAGUUCCUAGUGGCACAAUUUGAAAUGCUUUUCCUGAUAAGCAUUUACUUACUACAUUUCUGUUCAACUUGUUAGUACAGUGAUUUCACUAAGAACACUCUUCUUGCAUCUGUUUUGGAUUUUAUACUAUUUUGGUGAUGUUUAUUCUUACUCCUGUUUUUUGAGACAAAUUGAGUAACGGACUUUCCUUUUAAUAGCUACAACUUGUUGGAAAUCAAGUUCUGUUUCAGACAUGGCAUUAAUCUCCAAAAAUUACUAUGGAUGACAUUGCUUUUUUUUUUUUUUUGGUAGUAAAUAUAUUUCUUCAUAACAAAUGUAUUUUCACAUCACAUACUGUACAUUUGAAAUUAUCCUUAAAACAGCUGGCUAUGUUAGGAAAAGUGGUAAAACAUGGAAGCAAAUACCAUCUACUGGGUUGAUGGUGAGGAGGCAAGUCACCUUUGGGUCUCCAGAAUUUGAAUAGUUAUCUCAGAUUUAGAUGUACAGGUACAAUACAAUUGGAUGUCAUCUGCUUAGUAGUACCACUGAACUGUCUUGCUCCAUAUUAUCUCUCCUCGUUUCACAUAGAUGUACAUUUGUUAAACAGUGAAGGAACUGAAACUAAAAAUUAAGCUCUACUGUAAUGGAACUUUAUUUUAUUCAAACAAGCCUGCACUAUGAAAUAGAUAAGUCUGAUAUUUAUAUGUGUCUGUAUGUGUAAGUGUGUGUCUAUACACAUGCACGGAUACAGUAUCUGUGUAUGUCAUAAAUUAUUGUUAAUUUUUAUGUCUUUCCAAACUUGCCACAGCGAACUAGAUAAAAUUUAAAACCAAUAAAACCAUCCAUCCUAAGUACAAAAAUAAAUGUAUUGCAGUAUGUAUUGGAGACAUUUGGGUAAAUAGGCAUGUUGUGAUUUAAAACGAGAUGUUUUCAUUUU